GCUCCAGCUCUAGCCGCUCCACGUUCAGUCUUCCUGCUGAGCACCGCCCCCUUUUCUUGAGCACCUAUUUUUUCUGCAAUUAGCGGUUUAUUUAAAAACUAUACGCAGUUCAGAAUGUCGUUCUCUUUCUUUAUCAUCGUAGUUGUAUUCGCCGUUCCAUGUGCAUCCAAUAUUCUCAUGCCACAUAGCUUUUUUGCUACGAGGUCCGAAUCAGCAAUGGGGAACCCUACGAACUAUCAAGCAAUGAAUGACGGAAAAAAUAAUGAAAUGAUUCCAACCGCUUUUGAGGGGCCCAAAGACGAUCUCGAAAGUGGAAACAUCAAUAAUUUUGAAACUGAACAUGCUCGAAACUGUUUCUUCACGCCGGUCCAAUGUAUGCUGCCUAUGACCGAUUCUCACAAAGACGUUCAAUCACUCCACGGUGUGUAUUCUCCAACCGCUACCCAAGUUCGCCGGAGUGUUGACACUAUGCUUACCUCUCCAUGGGGAUAUACGGAUCUUAUCAAACGUAACGGCGACAACCGAUUCCUCCAAUGGCUCAACAGAUUUUGAGUCGAAAAUUUCUGUUUUUAUUGUAAUUUAUUGAGCUUCCUUUCCCCCGUUCAAUAAAUCAGUUAUCGAGCAUUUG